UUCAACGACCUCACCCCGCAGAGCCCCGCACGUUCACCCCGCAGAGAGCUUCCGGUCGCACCUGAGCAGGGGAAGAAGGCGGAAGAUGUCCGCGCAGAGUUACUCCGCGCUGGACGAGUCGUCCCUCCGAGCCCUGCUGGAAGGAACCGUGGAUCUGGACGAGAGGCGCCUCAUCCGUUCGGCCAUCCGGGAGCUGAGGAUGAGGGAGAUCGAGGACAUGGAGGCCGCUCUGGCCACCAAGCGAUUCCGGCCCACGCGCCUCAAACAGCAGGAGGACAAGGAGAACCUGCACAGGCCUGAAUGCAACGACUUGGACGUCCUGUCACGAGAUCUGCGAUCAGUCCAGGACAUCGACGAGCUCACAAAAAUGCUCCGAGCAGCCAGUGAGUACGAGGAGAGGAAGAUGAUCAGAGCGGCCAUCCGACAACUCCGAGAUGAACAGCAAGGGACUGUGGAGCGGGCUAAAGCUCCGGGUCGCUGCCCUGAACCUGACAGUGUGGAGCCCCAGAUCGUCAUGGCAACUGAGGAAACGGGAGACAUCCGAGAGUCACGAGGCCAGCGGACGCAACCAGGCACCGAGCUGCAGAGACGAGGCUCCGGCAUGGUGUUGGACAACGGCCCUGAACCUCUGCUGAUCCCCCCUCAGAGAGAGGCUGGGACCACAGAGUCUGACCUGAGCCAAAGGUCCGACUCCUGGGCUUCCGACCGCAGCGGGACCUCCGGGUCCAGUCUGCACGCCGUGUGCUCGGCCUACAGACCUCGGCUGGACUCUGGCGCUUCGGACAGGAGCCAGAGUCCUUCUCCGCGUGGUCGCCUGGAUUCUGGGGCGUCGGAGCGGAGCCUCAGCGCCGCGUCCUGCGCCAGACAGAGACUGGGCUCCGAUGUCUCCGACUCGGGGGCCUCUGAGCGCUGUGUGAGUGCGUCCUCUGAGGAAAGGGGUCCAGUUGAGGAGGAGGCAGAGGUCGCCACAAGUGGUUCGACUUAUUCCGAAAUCGAGAGCGGAAGACGACGUCCGGCCAGCCCCCGUGCUGCGUCCAACCAGGAGCAGCCUGAUGGGGCUGCUUUGUCUGGAAAAGAACCUUCAAAUGGCCUCCUCAACGGCAGCACCAAGGGAGAAAAGGACUUCCAGACUCAGAAGAUGACAAACCGUCACGGCAAAGCCACGGAUUCUGCACUCGAGAAGAAAGAUGUUGUGGAACAUUUCAACCGCAACAACUCUGUACGCGAUAGAAUGCGUAAGUUCACCGAGGCCAGCCAAGGCCCAAAUGUCCCGGCUUUGAAGAACGCCCCCCUGAGGAACGGGACCACCUCCGGCAGCAGAGGCGAGACGAAUCUGUCUACACAUACAGCAGCAUCCCUCUGCACAUCUGGAGGCCGGCCAGCAGGGCCACGUGUGGACUCGGCAUCCCGCGACUCCGCCGCGUCCCAGAAUGGGGCCAUACCUCAGCCAAGAGGCGUGGCUAACAGACCUCCGUCUACAGCCAGCCAAUGGGAGGACUCCAUGGGCGGGACAAGGCAUCCAGCUGAAAAAGAUGUGCACGUCUCCAGAAACUCAAAGGAAGACGAGACCCAAGGGAGAGCAGCUGGACAGCAGGUCACUCAGGGAGAGGAAGACCCGGACAUGAAGACCUUCCUCACCAUCGAGAUCAAGGAGGGGCGCACCACCGCCUCCUCUACGUCGCCCUCUAGGAGCAACAUGGUGCCGACCCCCAACACGACCCCACGCAUCGCCACGAAUGCUCUGGGACAGAGAGCAGAGUUGACCUUUGGCCUCAGAGCUACACCAUUCAAGAUCUCCUCAUCCAGCCUCUCCUCUGGAUCCUCCAUCAAGGUGGAGAAGGAGCAGGUUGUGGCCCCGGAGCCGGUGUUUUCAGCUGGGCCGUCCCCGCUGCUGGCAUCUCACGUCCCGGCCGUCCCCAAGCUGACUGCCCAACAGCUGGCUGCCAUUGAGGACGAGGAGGUCCUUGACAAAAUGCUUGAUGAGUCAAAGGACUUUGAGGAGAGGAAGAUGAUCCGUGCAGCCAUGAGGGACCUUCGAAAGAGAAAGAGAGAGGCGAUGCUGGGAUGCACUCAGGAGGAACUAGACCAGAGAGAGAAGGAGCGCGAGACUCGUCUGCAGGAGCUCCGGCAGCAGAAGGGCCGCGCUGGGCUCGGAGCAGGAGAGCUGCUGGUGCGGAAGGUGGAGAAGUCGGCGGACGGCUCCACCCUCAGCCAGGUCACCAAGACGGACCGCUUCGCUUCAUCUGAUGAUGGGAGCAAAUCAACACGCAGCACUGUCUUCGAGGCCAGUUAUGUGAAGAAAACUGACAGAGGUACCGUUCAAUCCAAAUCAUACAGCUUUAGCUCUUCCACGUCAUCGUCCUCCAACACAACGAAGAAAGUGGGAAGCGUCUUUGAUCGCGAGGAUGACACAUCGUCCCGCGGUGGCAGCGGCGGGUUGGCGGCGUUGGAGCGAAAGCAGGCGGAGAGGCGCAAGGAGCUGAUGAGGGCUCAGACUCUGCCGAAGACCUCCGCGAUGCAGGCCCGCAAAGCCAUGAUAGAGAAGCUGGAGAAGGAGGGAGGCGGCCCUGGGAAUCAGGCGGUCGCCAAGGUCAACAAGGUGCAGCGCUCCACCAGCUUCGGCGUACCCAACGCAAACUCCAUCAAGCAGAUGCUGCUGGACUGGUGCCGGGCCAAGACCCGCUCGUAUGAGCAUGUAGAUAUUCAGAAUUUUUCAUCCAGUUGGAGCAACGGCAUGGCCUUUUGUGCCCUGGUACACAAUUUUUUCCCCGAAUCCUUUGACUACGACUCGCUGAGCCCCAGCAACCGCAGGCAGAACUUUGAGGUGGCCUUCAGCACUGCAGAGAGCUGCGCCAACUGCAUGCCUCUCCUGGAAGUGGAGGACAUGAUGAUCAUGGGUAAUAAACCCGACUCCAAAUGCGUCUUCACCUACGUGCAGUCUCUGGUCAACCACCUGCGCAGAUACGAGAUGUCCCAGGGUCGCCCCUGUGACCUGCUGGUCUGAGCCGGGCGUCAUUUUGCUUCUCAUCUUGGUUGGCAGCGUUGAUGUGUAUUAAUUAUUUCAUUAACAAAAAGUCCACUUCUCUGCAGCACAAGAGCACCAAAGUUUUUAUAAGACUACCUUUUUAAAAUUAGAAAUUUUACAUAUUGAUUUGUAUUUAGCUUUGUACAAGGCCAUAUUUAACAUGCAUCAGCUCAAGUGUAAAAAUACAAGAAAGGAAAAUGAAAUAAAUUUUUAGUAUUUCUCCUUUUAACUUAUUUGUACUUUUUAUUUCCCCAUCGGUAAAUCCACAGAAGAGGAAGCACAAACCCAACCAAAUGGUGCAGUUUUUUUGUUUUGGUACUUUUGAACUUUUACCAAAUUUGGGCUGCUUGAAGUAUUUGAAUUAAGUUAUUACAAUUCUCAUGUUGAUGUAAACAGUUUUCACUAUUUAAUACAUGAUCAUAGAGCUGUUCUUUUGUCAUUGUUAAGAUUGUCCUGAACUCUAGUGCUACUGACAACAUGUUUCAACUCUUUGAACAUUGAAUCAGUGAAACAGGAAACCAGAGGUGUGUGCAGAGACCAGAUGUGCACAAGAAACAUCAUCCAGCAGCAAACUCACAGCUCUCUUGUCUUUAUUAAUGCAAGUAUAUAUUUUUUACAUUUUGUUAGUGUGUGUAUAUUCGUUUUAAAGUGUGCCAAUAAGCUCAAGAUAUCCCCUCGUUUUGUGAAACUACUAAUGAACAUUUUUGAACAAAGAUUAUUAUUAUUCCGCAUGUAAAAUAUGUUGAAGCCUUGCUCACGUAUAUUCAGAGAAAUGAUUCCAAACUAAAAGAAAUGAAUUCCUUCCACACAGCAGUGAAUGCUGUAAAUUACAGCUUAAACAGUUAAAUGUGAAUUGAAAUUAAACCAAUUUGAGAAUGAAUAAGUUUGUGAUUA